CAUGUUGCAGAAAAUUGCUGUGCUUUUCGGAACUAAAUGGCAUAAGAUGACAAGUGGAAGCGGUCAGGGAGCCGUACCAGUCAUGGCACAAUCUCUAGAUGCUUGGCCACAAAAUAUGACGGAUAUUGGAGAAUUAAACGGAUCAGUGUCGAAGUACGCGCGGAUGGAUGGAAUGGGACCAAGAAUUGGUGAGAGUGAAGAUCCCGGAUCGGAGAGUAAGGAGCGAUUCGCACGUGAAAAUCAUAGUGAAAUUGAACGACGGAGACGGAACAAAAUGACUCAAUACAUCAAUGAACUUGCUGAAAUGGUACCUCAGUGUGCUGCUCUAGGCCGUAAGCCGGAUAAACUAACUAUUUUGCGGAUGGCUGUCUCCCACAUGAAGGCGAUUCGCGGUGGUUCACAAAAUGAAGCCUCAUAUAAACCAUCUUUUUUGACAGAUCAAGAGUUGAAACAUUUGAUCUUAGAAGCAGCCAAUGGCUUCUUGUUUGUUGUUUGUUGUGAUACAGGAAGAAUUCUUUAUGUAGCCGAUUCAAUUGUCCCUGUUCUCAACAUGCGCCAGGAUGACUGGCUGCAUCAUGUUAUCUAUGACCUGGUACAUCCUGACGACAUGGAAAAAGUGAGGGACCAGUUAUGCGGAAGCGAAGCAAGUAUGAAUCGAGUCCUCGAUUUGAAAACUGGUACUGUUAAAAAAGAGCAGGGUUCCAUUCGCGUUCAUAUGAGUUGCCGUCGUGGUUUCAUUUGCAGAAUGAGACUAGGGCCGUUGGAACCCCUUCAUCGUCUCUGCAAUCGACGGCCUAUCUUUACACAUAACGGACAAAAUUAUGUGGUGGUACACUGUACUGGUUAUAUCAAAAAUUCGCCACCGAACGGUCUUGGACUUGAUUCACCACCAUCGAGCUGUCUUGUUGCUAUUGCACGAUUGCAAGUUGCCAGUAUGCCGAUCAGUAGUGAACAAAAUUCCACCUCGCAGUUUUCAGUAAGACUCGCAGAGGAUGGGAAGAUAACAUUUGUGGAACAGAGAGCGACGAUUCUGUUAUCCAUACCCACGGAGCAAAUAUUAGGACGUUAUUGGUGGCAGAUUGUACACCCUGCAGAUGAACAAACUGUGCACGAUGCCUUCAUGCAUAUUAUCCAAGUAACUGGCAGUACUUCGGACCAAGGCACAGAAAUAUCAUUUCGAUUAAGGACACAAACAGAUUUUGUUCCGUGCGCAGCCACUGCCCAUAGAUUUCUAAACCCAUAUUCAGAGCAGUUUGAAUAUGUGGUUGCCACGCAUAUAAUGAUUCCAAAAGAUAACGAAAGUUGGCAAGCCAGUUCCCAGGUGUUUCCAGCAGUAUCAUCUGAAUUCGACCCAUCGUCAGGUAAUGAGUGGUCGCCUACUACCAGUUUUGGGUCGGAUGGUGUUGCACCUGGUACCAGAAGACAUAUGUGGAAUAUGGAACAAUGGGUACAGUAUGAUCAACGGCAAUGAAUGGGAUAAUAUGUAUGGGCUUUUCAUAAAUUGAUUUGCUGACUACCGUUAUAUUUCACGUUUUUGUUAUACGACUACUUCAUUACCUGUAAAGAUAUAUGCAUAAACUUGUAAGAGAAGAUAUUCGAUAAUAAUAAGCUUGUAUAAAACAGUUGUGAUAACUGGAUAGACGAUAAAGAAAACUACAA